AUGCCAUCGCUUUCAAUCAUCAACCCGGAGCCUGUGAAGCUUCCAGGCCCCAGCCUCCUCCACCAUCUCGUCUCCUCGACGUCUACUAGUGCCAGCCCAGCAAUCGAUGCGCUACUAGCUAGCAGUUUACGUGUGUCCCUUUCAUACGCCGAGCUCCAUGCAGAGUCCGACUCCUUGGCCGCAAAAAUCCGACAUCACCUCUACAUUCCUUCCUGCCUUGGCGCAGACUUUAUCGUUCCUGUUCUUCUUCGUCAAUCCCCCGAACUGUACAUAUCCCUUCUGGCCAUCCUUAAAGCCGGUGGCGCAUUCUGCCCACUAAACCUCGACGCGCCUUCGGAAAGAGUACGCUUCAUUCUUGACGACGUCAAAGCGAAAGUCCUUAUCACCACCAAGGAACUAGAACCUAUCCUACCGACUGGACUAGAUGGUAUAAAAGUUCUGGUGCUGGAUGAUGAAGAUGCCGUGGUUGACAGCGAGUUCAACUCUCCUGGCGUGCGUGAAUGUUCAUAUCCCUUUGAUAUAGAUACCCCAAUCGCGGUUAAUGAAAAGAACCUCGCGUAUAUCAUGUACACGUCUGGUUCCACUGGCACCCCUAAAGGUGUCGGUGUGUCUCAUCAGGCGGCCACUCAGAGUCUCAUGGCACAUGAUAGGCAUAUACCGUCGUUUCUUCGUUUCUUGCAGUUUGCUGCGCCGACUUUCGAUGUCUCUGUAUUCGAAAUCUUUUUCCCACUGUUCCGCGGAUCUACACUUGUCAGUUGCAGUAGGGAGGCCAUGCUUGACGACCUUCCCGCUGUCAUUAGGAGCCUUGAGGUGGACGCUUGCGAGCUUACCCCAACCGUUGCUGGGAGCUUAUUACGCAAGCGGGAGAAUGCUCCCGGGCUGAAGCUUCUCUUAACUAUAGGAGAGAUGCUAAGCGAACCCGUCAUCAAUGAAUUCGGGGGCACGUCGGAAACUGAGACGAUGUUGUGGGCGAUGUACGGACCAACAGAGGCCGCGAUCCACUGCACUCUCGUCCCAGCAAUGCAGGCUGGUGCCUCAGCAAACCAGAUUGGCAUCCCUCUUGAUACAGUGUCCUGUUUCGUCAUAUCGUCAAACUAUGAUCAUAAAGACCCUUCUUCCUUCGCCGUCGUUCCAGUUGGAGAAGUAGGCGAGUUAGUAGUUGGUGGCUAUCAGAAUGCAGUGGGGUAUCUCAACCGACCAGAGCAAACAACCUCUGCGUUUAUCGACUCACCUUUCGGACCCGUGUACCGGACUGGAGAUUUGGCCAGGGUCCGCGAUGAUGGCACUCUUGAAUGUCUUGGACGUAUGUCGGAGGGCCAAGUGAAGCUCAGGGGCCAGCGUAUCGAGCUCGGUGAAGUCGAGCAUGCUGCCUUGCGGGUUCGAGGGUGUCACGGCGCUGUGGCCGCCGUUAUCAAUAACAUCCUCGUUCUGUUUUGUGCAGUGGAUCCCGGCGAGGACAUUCCCUCUAUUGAAGCUGCGAUUAGGCAAAAGUGUUCCGAGUGGCUGCCCGCUUUCAUGGUCCCAGGCGAUGUUGUCAUCAUGCACCACUUUCCCCGUCUCCAGUCGGGCAAGGUCGACCGCAAGCAUUUGAAAGCAGAAUAUCUAAGGUCAAUUGCAGAAGGCCAAAGCAAUGGCGAAGGUACCGAGGAGGCGAGCCCAGAAUUGUCAAAGAAGAUACUGUCAGCCAUUGCUGCCAUUGUCUUCGUCGAGAUCGGACCGAAAACUGUUCUCGCAUCUGCUGGUCUCGAUUCCCUUGGUGCAAUAAGACUCGCAUCGCGACUCCGCAAAGAAAAUAUAGCCAUCACGGCGAACGAGAUUCUCAAAGCUAGAACCGCUGAGGAUAUCUGCCGCAUCGCGUCCGCCACCGUUGACCCGUCGGUCAUUGGUAUGACUAGAGGAAGUCCUCUUCCGGCCCCGAGCUCUCCUUACAAAGAUAUCUCUACAAUCAUCGAGAAUCAUAACAUCCUGCAAGAAAUCCGGGACGAGGUCGUUUCAAUUCUACCUUGUACUGAUCUCCAAUCCUCGAUGCUGGUUGAAACGAGCUAUAACUCGACGAUGUAUUGCAAUGUAGUCGAACUGGGUUUCCCAGAAUCGAUGCGGCCGAGCGACGUUGCCACUGAAUUUCUUAAGCUGUCGGCCGCGAAUGAAAUACUUCGAACUGGGUUUAUACAUCAUAAUGGAGAAUUCUUGCAGGUCGUUCUCAAGGGUCUGCAAGACUCCCAAGUGGCCAUCGUGGAUAAUUUCGAGCCGAAUUUCGAGCUUCGCGAGGAUCUGGAUUUCAUUCGGCCUCUUAGACUCCAGAUUCUGGGUAACAGCGACUAUGCCCCGAGAGCCCUUUUGCAUUUACAUCAUAGCAUUUACGAUGGAUGGUCCUUCGACAUGUUGUUGUCGGACUGGGCAUCCCUGCUUCAAGGAAGGGGUCUCAGUCCCCGUCCUCAGUUUUCCAAUAUGGUAGCUUUUGUCCACAACAUACCGGAGAAAGACUACGAAGUGUCCAAGCGAUUCUGGGCCGAGCAGCUUACCGGUUGGGAGAAAACGCCACUGCCGAGGCUUUCAGGACGCGUCCCAGAAUCAGAUACUUCAGUUCUCAUCUCGAGGGCAAAUCUGGACGUGAACAGGGACGCGGUCAUGGCCGUCGCAAAAGAUCUUGGGUGCAGCCCUCAAGUUCUCUUCCAGGCUGCUUUGCUUUGGCUAUGGUCCGCUGUCAUCGGGUCUGCAGAUGUUGUUAUCGGCUCGGUGACUUCUGGCAGGACCAUUGGCCUUCCGGAGGUGGAACGCAUCAUUGGGCCCUGCAUUGCGUCAAUGCCUCUACGAGCCAACCUUGCUAAUGCUGCCACGGUGCGGGACCUGCUCAAAUUCGUGCAAGCUAGCAACCGCUCUAUCAUCCAGCACGCAUUGCUCCCGCUCGCCGAAAUCAAGAAGUUGACAACCUUGACUGGGCAACAGAGCCUGUAUGACGUCCUGUUUGUGUUCCAGGAGUCAUUAGAGAGCAACUCUGCAGAUGAGGACGCGGUGAAGCAAAUUUCUCAUGCAGACAUGCUGGAAACGCCCAUUCUCAUCGAAGUUGAGCCGCACUGUGAUGGUUACAGCAUCCAACUUACGUACCAUCCCCACGUGUUUGAGCCAGCACUUGCGGAAAUAUUCGUCCGUGAGCUCGACCAGACCGUUCAAAGUCUUAUCCGAGACACGAGCGUAUCGCUCACCUCAGUUAGGGACUGUUUCACUGCUGAUCUUCUCUCCAUUCACAAUCCCCAAGUCCAGCGCUAUGCCGGAAGCCAAGAUCUUGCCGGUGUCGUUGAGGCGACUAUAGAGAAAACGCCGGAUAAACAGGCCGUUCACUUUGCUCGGUCGAUAUCGGGUGACCAGGGCCCGUCUGACGUGGAGACAUUAUCCUUUGGGGAGCUCAAUAGCCUUGCGAAUCAGAUUGCAAACUGGAUCCGUCACGUUGAUCCGGACGGCCAAGAUUCCGUUGCCGCAAUUAUCAUGGACAAAUCUGCUCUCUUUUACGCAUCGGUACUAGGCAUACUCAAGACCGGUCGGCCAUAUCUUCCUGUCUUACCCUCAACCCCGGUCAAACGUAUCCAUGCCAUUCUCGAACAGUCUCAAGCCUCGAUAUGCCUCACCGACGACGCCUACUACCCUACAGUCCAACCGGAAUAUGAGAAUAUCGUUUUUAAUGUACAGCAGGCAGAUCUUGGGACGUUCACAAGAGAUAAUGUCAAGAGACCCAUCGAUGGUAGCCGUCCCGCAUAUGUGAUUUAUACUUCUGGAACUACAGGAACUCCCAAAGGCGUUGUCCUCACGACGUUGAACAUCGUCAGUCACCUGGAUAUUCUUGAAAGGCUCUAUCCUGUUGGGGAAUCGUCCAGACUUCUUCAGUCAUGCUCGCAGGCGUUCGACGUGUCCGUUUUCGAAAUUUUCUUCGCAUGGAAGUCUGGAAUGUGUCUUUGCUCCGCGACCAACGAUGUUUUGUUCGAGGAUUUGGAGCACGCUAUCCGGGUUCUCGACAUAACACACUUGAGCAUGACGCCGACCGUCGCGUCAUUGGUCAAACGGGAUGCGGUUCCAAACGUUCAAUUCCUCGUAACCGCGGGUGAGGCCAUGACACAAGCUGUCUUUCGUGAGUGGAAGGGAGUCCUGUACCAAGGCUACGGCCCAAGCGAGACUACCAAUAUUUGUACGGUCAAAAAGAUGUCUGAUGGAGACCACAUCGAACAUCUCGGUUUUGCGUUCGACAAUACGUCAACCUUUGUCUUCUAUCCAGAGAGUCUCGAGCCUGUCCCGGUUGGCACCGUUGGGGAACUUUGUUUCGGAGGUGAUCAGGUCGCUCAGGGGUAUCUCAACGACCCAGCCCUCACAGCAGCCAAGUUCAUCUCGCACCCGAGCUUUGGGAUGCUUUAUCGUUCGGGGGAUCUAGGUAGGAUGCUGCCAGAUGGCUCACUCCUAAUCCUGGGUCGUCUGGAUGACCAGGUGAAACUGCGUGGACAACGAAUCGACGUCGGAGAAAUCUCAGGCAUACUCUCCCAAACCGGGUUUGUUUCGUCUUCUGCUAUUCUCCCAAUAUCACGUAACUCGAACGCAUCGAAGCAACUGGUGGCGUUUUACGUCAAGGCACCUAUUUCGGGAUCCCAAUUUCGUGUUUUGGAGCUUUCCAGAGAAGAUAAGGAGCAUCAAAGGUCUCUAUUUGCGGCACUAGAGUCUUCACUACCAUCUUACAUGGUUCCGUCUUAUUUGAUCCCGAUUUCCGUUAUUCCCACAAUACCGAGCGGUAAGGUAGACAAGAGGGAGCUGGUGGUCGCGUUCCAAGCACUCAGUCGAGAGUCAUUGGAGGAAAUGUCGCCUCUUGCAUGGAGAACUGCGGAUGGGCCGAGCGAACUAACCGCCAACGAGGCACUCAUCGCGGAUGCUGUCUCCGGAGCUCUCAAGGUUGGGCGACCUCUUCUCGGCAGGUGGACUCCACUCGCGUCUCUCGGGUUGGAUUCUAUCACCGCCAUCUCAGUUGCCAAGUCUCUGUCGGAUGUCUUGCAGCGAAGAGUGGCCAUAUCUGCAAUCCUGCAGAAUCCAUCUAUCGCUCAGUUGACAAAAACUCUCCUGGAUGAGCCUAGCGCGAACGAAACUCAGCAGUGUGCGACGGAGGCCGCGUGGAUGCCUGCCAACACAAUUACCGAAUCAAUAUCCGCCAAAUUCAGAGAAGCGAAUCUCGACAUAGAAUCCAUCCUUCCAUGCACUGCUCUACAAGAGGCUAUGCUGGCAUCCACGCUUGAUGGCGUUUAUUACAACAGCAUGGUGCUUCGUCUCAAGAUACCCCUACAUACGAUGAGAAGUUAUUGGGAAGCAAUGUGUGCCAGGCAUGCGAUUCUCAGGACAUGCUUUAUGUCAACCGAUGACCCGGACCAUGCCUUCGUUCAGGUGGUAUUGAAGACGUCUCAGCUGAGAUGGCGGACAUCUACGCGCUCCUCCAGCACUGUCGACGAAUGCUUAGAACACCUGAGUGCGGUGGUGGAUUCGCCUGCAGACACCAUGACACCUCCUUUCGCCCUCGAGGUCAUUUUCCAGGAUGACUUCCCCUACCUCUGCUUUUUCUGCCACCACGCUAUGUACGAUGGAGUAGCUAUGUCCACACUUUUACGAGAGAUUGAGCAGCUGGCAGGUGGUGAAGUCUUGUGUCCUGCGAUCUCAUACGACUCUUUCCUCCGAGAGGCGCUCACUUUGCCUGCUAAUACGGAUGGAUUUUGGAAUGAUCAAUUCCGAAACUUCCAACCAGCCACCUUCUCUUGCAAUGAAAUCUCGGAUGGGGGACCAACAGCACACACGCUGAGUUUCCGACUUGAUUUGCCACUGGAUACACUCGAAGCUCGAUCACACUCGCUUAAUGUUUCCCUCCUAUCUGUUUUCCAGGGAGUCUGGGCGAAUGUAUUGUCCAUCAUAACCGAGUUUGAGGACGUCUGCUUUGGCAACGUUAUGAACGGCCGAACUGUUCCAGUGGAUGGAAUAGACCGUCUUGUUGCUCCGUGCUUCAAUACCAUCCCCAUCAGGGUGGACCUCUUCCCCCACGAUCAAGCUUCUGGCCUCUUCCGACAUCUACACCAGAGCAAUCCUGAACUGAUGAGGUAUCAGUUCACACCACUCCGUCGGAUACAGAAGCUGCUCGGGCACCGCUACGGACUUUUCAACAGUCUUCUCCUCCUCCAGCCUGCUCAGCAACGGCUGGAUGAGGACAUCUGGGAGCUGGUAUCGGAUGCUGGUGGCAUGGAUGUGCCUCUCGUGUGCGAGAUCAUCCCAGACUCUACCGCGAACGAAGUAAAUGUCACUCUACACUAUGACGUCUCACAUUACACGCCAAUUUUCAUGGAUGCGGUCGGAGAUGCUCUUGAUUAUCUGGCAUCUUUCUUGACUCAAUUCCCAUCCUCAGCUCUCCGACAACGACAGGACUUACCGCUCCACACCCGAAACGGGCUCGAUCAUCUUACUGUCAAACGAUCCACGUCACCUAUUGAUCGUCCAGCGCUGGCUAAUAGUAGCCACGAUGAUAUGUGGUCAGACGCGGAGCUCCUAAUAAGGGAGUCAUUUUCAACAUUGUCUUCUGUCAGUGAAAAAGCGAUUGGCAAAAAGACGACCAUAUUCCAACUUGGACUGGAUAGCAUUAAUGCGGUUCAACUCGCAUCGCUGCUCAGGCGCAAAGGUCUCAACGUGACAGCAACGGACAUUCUGAACCAUCCCAGCUGCGGAAGCCUGGCUGCGAAGCUUCGGGAAAAAUCUAGCACUGCCUUCGCCCCUGCGGACAUUUUCGACAUCGCGGAGUUCCAGAAGAAAGCCCGCCCGACUCUGUCCCUGAUCGACAGGGCCUUUGAAUCCAUUCUCCCGUGCACUCCGAUGCAGAUUGCCAUGUUGACCGAAUUUGUGCAGUCGCAAGGCCGAGAAUACUUUAACUAUCUCCACCUAGAGCUGGAGAACGGGUUAUUGCUUACGGAGGCGCUCUCUGCAUGGGAAGGUGUGUUCCAAGCGCAUGCGAUGCUCAGGGUCGGGUUCGUUUCGACUGAUAGCUCUGACUACCCCGAUAUCACGUACUCCAUGAUUAAGUACUCCCCUCACUCUAUUCAAUUGCCAGUCUCAGUGAUUCAGCCUGGCUUGAAAUUGAGCGUUGCGAAGUGGAGACUUGAUACGGCGCAGGAAGUACUUGAUUCUCUGCGUGAACCUCCGUGGAGGGUUGCCCUGAUUGAGAGUGAUGGUCGGAUAUCUAUGCACGUGGCCAUUCACCAUGCGCUUUAUGAUGCACAUUCUCUUGAGAUUAUCCUGGGAGGCCUUGCCCGUUGCAUCAAUGGUGGCCAUGCUUUCGAAUCGGCUCCGCUGGAGAAAACUGUUGGCAGCCUCUUGGGCCUUGUUUCCAGAGACAACCAGAAGAAGUCCGAAAUAUUCUGGAAUAAAUUAUCCGACAAGGCCGUCGUGAACCCAUUCCCUGUGAUGACGCCUCUUCGGGUAGAACGGGGUCAUUUACAGAGCCAUUCGCACAAUUCAUCCCUCUCUUUCAAGGACAUCGCCCACGCCUGUCAGACUGCCAACGUCUCCGUCCAGGCUGCUCUUCAGGCGGCAUGGACUCGAGUGCUGUCCUCCUAUAUUGGUGAAGAGGUUGUCAUUUUCGGGACAGUCAUGGCUGGAAGAGUGACCGAUUCGAUGCAAAAGGCAGCUUUUCCUUGCAUAACAACUGUGCCCGUCAUUGCCAAGAACAGCCUGGCGAACAGGGAGUUGUUGGACUCAAUGAUGGCCAUGAAUAGGGAUCUCUACCAACACCAAUUCUCUCGAUUGGCUGACGUUCAGCGCUGGCUUGGACAUCCGGGACGCUCCUUGUUUGAUACUUUACUGGUUUACCAAAGGAGCUCUUUGGAUCAUGUCCCAAGGCCUUGGACGGUCGAGCAGGAUGAAGGCAUUGUCAAUUACCCUGUGUCAAUUGAAGUCGAGUCUCACGACAACUCCGCAGUGAGCUUCCGAAUUACUUUUAAGACGGACAUUCUGCCUCAGGAACAAGCUUCUAUGAUGCUUCGCCAACUGGACGCUGCGCUGCGUCACCUCAUCCUCGAUCCCCAAGGACACGCGGAUGAGCUCUGGCCAAACGAGCCUCAAUUGGCAUCUCUCGCUCCGGCACAGAGCGUAGAAUUACCCACUAAUGCUUCACUGCUUCACCAAUUGUUCGAGGCCCAGGUCAUCAGGCGACCAGACAAAGUCGCUCUUGAAUUCGUGAGUGGGUUCGCUGGUGGAGAGGCUGUAUCGCAGACGUGGACAUUUUCCGAGUUCAACAGCGUCGGAAAUAGAGUUGCAGCCCUCCUGUCGCGCCAUGUAACCCCAGGAUCGAUUGUCGCGAUUCACUUCGACAAAUGCCCCGAAGCCUAUUUCUCUAUUCUCGGCAUCUUAAAGGCAGGAUGCACCUUCUUAGCCUUAGAUCCAUCAGCUCCCAUUGCUCGGAAGGAAUUCAUUCUCGAGGAUUCCAAGGCGGCGGCACUGCUUGUGCGAUCUGCGACCGAGCUUGAUAUUAAGCCGGCAACCUUCGUAGUGGAGGUCAAUGAAGAAUCUAUCGCUAGCGAGCCGACAUCGGAUUUUGAGCCUCCCUUCAUCCCACCAGAUACUACUUGCUAUUGUCUUUAUACAUCUGGAACCACGGGAGAGCCAAAGGGCUGUGAGAUCACGCAUGAGAACACGGUCCAAGCCAUGCUAGCCUUCCAAAGCCUCUUCAGAGGCCAUUGGGAUGACAAUUCAAGAUGGCUUCAGUUCGCAUCCCUUCAUUUUGAUGUUUCCGUCCUGGAACAGUACUGGAGUUGGUCCGUGGGAAUAGCGUUGGUAUCUGCUCCUCGUGAUCUCGUUCUCGACGACCUUGAGGGAACAAUCAGCAAACUGCGAAUCACGCACAUUGACCUUACGCCCAGUCUUGCGUCUCUCGUCCGUCCAGAAAAGGUUCCAUCUCUCUGGAAAGGCGUAUUCAUCACCGGAGGCGAGCAACUCAAGCAGGAUAUUCUCGAUGCCUGGGGUCCAAAGGGAGUGAUUUAUAACGCCUAUGGCCCUACCGAAGCGACCAUCGGAGUCACGAUGAGGCAGCAGGUUCCAUCUAAUGGCCGACCGGUAAAUAUCGGGCGACAAUUCCCCAACGUGGGGACGUAUGUCUUCCGCCAAGGGACUGAGGUACUCGUGCCAAAGGGCGGCGUCGGCGAGCUCUGCGUCUCGGGCAAGCUUGUCGGCAAAGGCUACCUCAACCGUCCACAGCUGACCGAAGAGCGAUUCCCGGUGCUGAAAGCCUUCGGAGAGAGGGUAUAUCGCACUGGUGACUUGGUCAGAUUACUUCAUGAUGGCUCGUUUGACUUCCUUGGCCGGGCCGAUGACCAGGUUAAGCUACGUGGGCAGCGUCUUCAAUUGGGAGAGAUUGAUCAUGCCAUCAGAUCUGGAGUCCCUGGGAUCCGAGACGUAGCAACAAUCGUGUCAAAGAAUAGCAAAACCGGCAAGGACCUUCUAAUCUCGUUUAUUGUGCCCCUACGAAACAGCGAUGAGGAGCCGGCGACAGGCCUCAGGAUUCUUGAAGGGACGGAGAGCCGCACAGCUUGCAGCAACGCGAGAGACGCAUGCAAGGCUCGUCUUCCUGGCUACAUGGUCCCUACUUAUAUCAUUGCCUUGCCAUACAUCCCCCUGUCCCGCAACAACAAAGCGGAAGUGAAGGAAUUGAGGGCCUUUUUCAAGAAUCUUUCCCCACAAGACCUGUCGAAGCUCUCCUCAUCGUCGACCACGCAAGCCAACCUAUCGCUAAAUAAGACUGGAACUCUAGUACUAGAGAUUCUCAAGGAGUUCGAUGGGUCAGCCGAGGACACAAUAGACGGAGAAACUAACAUAUUCGAUCUCGGUGUGGACUCAAUUUCCAUUCCCCGACUCUCUAGGCUCCUUAAACAGCGUGGCAUCUCUGGCGCCUCUCCAGAACUCAUCUUGAGACAUCCUAUCCUUGGUGAUCUCGUCCAAGCACUCGAUAACGCUCCAAUCCUUUCUUCAAAGAGCAAAAUUACGGAGGCGAAACAGGUAAUGAGGGCCUGUGACCACCAGUGGCGUGGCCUCGUCUGCCGCGAGCUCGGCGUCAAGCAUGAGGAUAUCGAGUACAUAGUUCCUUGCACUGCGAUCCAAGAAGGAAUCAUUUCUCGAGCCCUUACUGGAGUCGCCGAGAGAAGGUCGGUUUAUUUCAAUAAUUUCCAGCUUUCUAUUGCCGAAGGUACGUCAAUCGAAAAGCUCGAGCUUGCGUGGAAGGAGACCAUUCGCCGCCAUGCGAUCUUGAGAACGUCGUUCGUGGCGACCCCCGACGGUUUUACUCAGGUCGCCCUGCGACAUGCAACUCCUCAGUGGUUCGAGACGUCUCUUUCUCCUUCUGAAUUCCGGGUCGAAGAACGCCGUCUCAGGACCGCCUGGGUCGAGAAGAACUCGCCUCAUGUUGUCAGCCCACUGGAACUCCUUAUCAAUAGAUCCGACGCAGCUAUCCAGCUCAAUAUUCACAUUUUCCAUGGGCUCUACGAUGGAAACAGCUUUGGCGCCAUCCUCCAGUUUGUUUCGAGCCUGUAUCAUGACGAGACGCCGAGUUCUGGGCCCGCGUUCGUGGAGCUUCUUCCUCUGGGGCCCCUCUGGAAGCAUGAUUCCAGCAAGGAAUUCUGGGUUCGGCACCUGCAGGAAUGGACGCCGACCGAGUUUCCUCCCACCGAGGGCCUAUCGACGACGGCAGACACCUCCAUCCAUCAAACCAUCGACGCAGAGCCACUGGACGCAAUGAGAAAAUCUCUCGGCGUCACUUUCCAAUCCUUAGUUUUGGCUCUCUGGGUGUCCACACUGCAAGGGUACCUCAACGACAAUGUGACAACGGGGAUAGUCGUCUCCGGUAGAACAAUUGACGCCGAAAAUGUCGAAAAUACCAUCGGGCCUCUUUUCAACACCCUUCCGUUCUUUGUGAAAUACGCAAACGGCACGAGCUGGAGGUCCUUAGUCAAGCAAUGCCACGAGUUCAACGCCUCCGUGUCUUCGUUCCAACACGUCUCUUUGAGAGAUAUUCAGAAAUGGUUUUCCAACGGAAAGCCGUUGUUUGAAAACCUCUUUGCCUUCCAAGUUGAUAAUUCGGACGACGCUAUUAGCAGCCAAUCUCCCUGGAUCCUACAGGACGAACCACCAACUGCCGACUACCCUGUGGCCUUCGAAGCCGUCUUGAAAGACACCGAACUCUGCUUAACUAUCGUCGCUAGCGGGGAAGCAUUUGAUGAGAACCAAGCGACUGAUUUGAUGCAAAAUUUCCUUGGUAACGUCGCUCGUUUACUCGCCGACCGGGAAGCAGUCAUUUCCAAUGAAGCGACCGAAGUCCGACAGGCCGCGCCCGCCGAGAGCACCGCCCCGAUGCUCGACAAUAAUACCACGGGUGAAAAGGCGCACUUAUCACUUUCAAAACGGCAAGAUCUAUCCGACGAAAGCAGGGUAUUAUUGCGGGAACUCGCGGACGCUUGUGCUAUGGAUCUGGACGAGUUAUUCGGCCACCUCUCGCUUCCUAACCUUGGCUUGGACAGCAUUGACAUCGUGAAGCUAGCGGCCAGGCUGAGAUCCCACGGCAUUACGCUCUCAAUUACCGACAUAGUCAAGUGUCCAACAAUCGGCGACAUCAUUGAGCUGCUACAGAACCGUGGUCCGACAUCAGUUGAUCAAUCACAGAAAGAGUCAGAAGCAUAUGAGCAAUUGAGAGCCCGUCUAAAGAAGUCCGUUCAGCUGAACGGCAUACAGGAGGAUGAAAUUGAAGACAUCCUGCCGCCGACCCCUCUCCAGGAGUCCAUGGUUGCUCAGAUGCUGCAGAGCGAUUGUCAACAGUACUUCAACCACGACCUUCUCGAGAUUGGUCCGACAGUAGAACUCGACAGGCUUGAGAAGGCCUGGGAAACAGUUUUCUACCACUCGAAAAUUCUCAGAACUGUCUUCCUUGAGGUCCCCGACCCCGCUCUCGACUUCUCGUACUGCCAAGUCAUUCUCCGAUCUUCCCACCCUGCCAUUUCGAGGGUUGAUUUGAACGAGGUCGGCCAAAUUCAAGAUCUCAUUGAGGCGACAAAGACCGAAGCCACUUCAUCAAAAGGUCAGGCCAAUCUAUUCCGCCUACACUUCGUGUCUGUUGGAUCAAAGAACUUUGUAUUGCUAUCGAUCGCGCACGCCCUGUACGAUGGCUGGUCCCUGGCUCUAUUACACCGGAACGUUGAGGCGGCCUAUAACGGCGAGAAAUUGCACUACCCCUCGGAAGAGCCCUACCUUCGGAAGCUUCAAUCGACUUCUUCCCAGGGCCAAGAUUUCUGGAAACAGUAUCUCGUCGAUGCAAACCCAACACUUGUUGCGACAAACGGUGCUCCAGAGGCGGCGGCGGACAGUUCAACACCUUAUCGGGCAGAAUCAACCUCGACUACCCACGCCCAAAGAGUAUCUGAAUUCGGCAAGAAGUACGGAAUAUCCCUUCAGGUAAUUGGUCAAGCCUGCUGGGCAGCCGUUUUGGCAUCCCUUCAAUCCUCCCUUGAUCUCACGUUCGGCGUUGUGCUAUCGGGCAGAGACUUUGAGGGUGCUGAAGAUGUCAUGUUCCCGACAAUGAACACUGUUGCCGUCCGAUGCGUUCUUCACGGGAAAGUGGUCCAAUUUUUGCGAUACAUGGAGGAGAAUAUGGCUGGCCUGAGAGAACACCAAUCAUACCCCUUGCGAAAGGCACUACUGGCUGCGAAGGGCGUGGCGUCUCCACUCUUCAAUACAUUGUUCCUCUUCCAGAAGUCGCCGGCCCUCUCGACUCGAGAGGGCCCGGAGCGGGAGCCUCUCAUGACAUCGGUCGAGAGCUCAUCAGCCGUGGAGUACCCCGUCUGUGUUGAGCUGGAAGCUGUCGAGGAUGCUUUGGUCUGGAGAACUGCCUGUCAAGACACAUAUUUCCAGGCGCACGAUGCCAGCCUCAUUUUACACCAGUUGGACCGAGCCCUUCAGUAUAUACUAGAGUCUCCGGAACAGGAUCUGCUAUCAUUCGGUCCAUCCCACGUCUCCGUCUGCGGCCUGGCCACGGCUCAACUGAAAGAAGAUGUGUCCGACGAUGGACCUGCCCAGGUGAAUGGUACUACGGACAAGCAAUAUGAGGAGAUGUGGACAGAACCGGAGGAGAAAAUACGGGAGGUGCUGUGCCAGCUAUCUGGAGUCUCGGUGGAGGACGUUCCUAAAUCCGCAACCUUGUACAAUAUUGGUCUAGACUCCAUCACUGCGAUCAAAGCCUCGGCGAAUCUCCGACAAUCGGGAAUCCACCUUACUGUCCGGCAAUUACUCACGGCAUCGUCCAUCUCGCAUAUGGCUGAGCUGUCCAAGGCGGCCAAUAGUGCCCGCGCAUCUUUAGCCCCAGCUUACGGGACCGAGGAGGAGUAUACGGUAGACAUUGAGGAAAAGCAAUAUGCUUUGGCGGGUGUCCUGCCUGAUGAAGUCGAGUGUACACUCCCAGCAUUACCUAUGCAAGUAUACAUGCUGUCAACAUGGCAAAAUUCGUCAGGGUCCGUCUUCUUCCCCACUUUCUAUUGCCGCCUUAGCAGUUCGGUGGCCCGAGAAUCUUUGGGAUCAGCAUGGUCUUUGCUCAUCUCGGAAUUGGCUAUCCUCCGGACUUACUUCGUCGCUCUCAACGACUCAGCGGGGCCACUCGCGCAAGUCAUUGUAAAGGGUGGCUCCAAGCCUGCCCUUCGACGCGCUCACAUCAAGUGGGAUGAUGACUUGGGCCAUAUUGACAAGUUGGAGCCAGAGUCUGGCGAUCUGGUCCAGCUUCAUGUGCAGAAAGAUGUGGACGGUUCCUGGCUUCUGGCCUUGCAUAUCCACCAUGCUUUGUAUGAUGCAGUGAGUCUGCCAGCCAUCUUGGAUAGAUUCUCUUCUCUCUGCACCGGGUGUCUCGUGGAACCACAACCCUUGAGUCAGUGGAAAGGCUUUACUGAACUGCACUCGUCUUCCUCGUCUACCGAUAAGCGACGCCAAUUUUGGACGGCAUAUCUUGGUGUCACCGAUGCUCCAGCCUCACAAUCAGAGUGGCCGGAAACGACAGGAAAGACCUCCAAGUUUACAAGAAGCGCAGUAUCCGAUGUUUCUUCUCUUCGCUCUCUUUGCUCAGAGCACGGCAUAAGUCUGCAAGCACUUUUCCUGGCUGCGUACGCUCUCACUAUCGGGAAUACCAAGACUUCACACGACGGGGAGAAGACUGUCUUGUUUGGCACAUAUCUGGCCAAUAGAGCGCUUCUCGAGACCCUCCCCGAGACGUUCCCGACAUUGAACUUGGUUCCCCUGAAGGUCACGAUCAAGGAGGAAGAUACUGCGGUAUCCUUAGCAUCACGCAUUCAGCGCGAUAUCCAUGCCGUCACGGAAGCGCCCAAUUCUACCGUCGGGCUCUGGGAGAUCGCAUCUUGGACCGGAAUCACCAUUGAUUCUUUCGUAAAUUUCAUUGGCAGUAGCGGACAGAGUCGUUCCCCGAGCGAGGCUGGAGGGAUUUCCCUCCAGGUCCUGGAUGAUUCUUCAUCUCUUGUUAAUGGCGAUGUCUCAAAUGCUGUACCAUUUACAUUGCCACAAUGGCUAGAGGAGAACCCGGUCGCGAAAUAUUUCCCCGCGGCUAUUGAUGUGGAAGUGGCGGUGGCUGGCAGCGGGCUAGAUAUUGGCAUCUUCGCCCCUGCGUUCCGCUUGUCGGACUCUAGGGCAGAUGAUAUGAUGGAGACGAUUAUUCGCAUUUUGAACGGCGUGUAG